UACAGAACAGGCUCAGAGAGGAGGUCACUCAUCUGGAUACACUAGUCACUAAGUUUCCCAAGUCUAUAAAUGAUUAAUAAGGGCUGUAUAUGCACACAUCUUCUCUCUGGGGCAGAACCACUAGAUCCUGCUUCGAGAUGACAUAACAUUAACGUGUGUGAACAGCGAUCUUCAUCACUCAUCCUCUCUGGUGUGAGGAAGCCCAUUGGACAGGAUGGCUGGGAAUCCUGAGAGCCGGCUCCCCUUCCUCAUAGUCUGCUGCUUCUGCCUUACACUGGGUUUCUCAGAAGUUCCAUCUUUUGAACCAAAUACUUCCUAUCAAUAUCAUUAUACAAUAGAUCUAUUUUUAGCACAUUUUUCCCAGUCAGCAAUGCCAACAACCAGGCUGCAGAUUGAUGCCACUGUAGACAUCUUUCUUUUGUGGAGAAAUAAGGAUGAGUUCAAUGAGCAGCUCAUAAAUAUACAGAUGAAAGAUUUUACUGUUCAUAAUAAGUCGUCUCCUGGAGAACAAGAAAAUGUAGCCAUCGAUGCUGAGAAAAGGAGCUACUUGGAUGCCCCUAUUAUUUUCCACUGGAGAUCAGGGAAGGUUAUAGGCAUGUACAGUACCGGUAAAAAUAACAGCCUAGUGCUAGAUAUAAAAAGAGGACUUGUCAGUCUCUUUCAAUUUCAACCAUUAUCUGGGACUCAUUUUGAGGAAGAUGUUUCAGGGAGAUGUCGAGUAACAUAUAACGUGUCCAAGGAUUUCAUCAACAAGACUAAAGAUUUAAACAGCUGCAUCAACUCACAAUUUGGUUACGAAUCAGAUUAUAAGGUAUUGGGGGUAACUUGGAACUUCACCAGCAGAGGAUACAUGUCACUUAGCGGCUCCACAUUUCAGACGGUAGUUUCUGAAGAAAGUCGUAACCUGUCUGAUAGUUUGAGAUCUCAGCUUGGUGUUCAUAUCACAUCCAGACAAGAAUUACAGCUCAUAUCCACCAACCCCGGCUCUCCAGAAAUUCAUGGAGACAGUAUAGGUACAGCACUUGAACAACUGCAAGAAAAAUUCUACAAGGUAGAACUCAUGAGCUACCCUCAGGACAGGCCUGCAGAAAAUCAACCUCUGCUUAAAGGAUUUCUCAAGACUUCAAAGAGAAAAAUGAAUAAACUGGCUUUUUCCAAGAUAUCAACAGUCCAGUACUUUAGGAGGGCUGUUAAUACAUUACGUUCUGCAAAGAAACGGGAUGUGCUGCUGCUCUUACAAACUGCUUCCUCCGAUCUAGCGCCUCUCUUCAUCGAUGCUGCAGUUGCUGCCCAAUCUCCUGCCACAUUAGGUGCCCUGUCUGAUUUCAUAGAUUUGUCUAAAAAUAAAGAUAUUCAAUUACAAGAAGCAUUUCUGUAUGCUGCAGCCUUUACACCACACCCUACACCUGAACUUCUUAACCUUGUGUUGAGAAAACUGAAAGGGAAAGUUUCUCAAUCAGUCAUAAUGGAGUCUGGAAUUAUUAUAACUGGAGCAAUUGUUGGAAAAUUGUGCAGAAUGGAUCUUUGUGAAGACAAGGAUGUUGAACUUGCAAAGGCCACGCUUCUGGAAGGACUUAAUAAUGCAGAAGAUGAAACAGAGAUGAAAAUAUACCUUCUGUCUUUGAAGAAUGCUCAGCUCCCUGAAACUAUCCCCAUUCUACUUGAGUAUGCAGUGGAGCACACAGGAGAAGUAUGCAGCACAGCGCUAUCUGCUCUGCAAGACUUCCCAGCAAAGAUUCUGUCUACUGAGGAAGUGAAGAACACUUUGACAGAAAUUCUCUUUCAAACACAUCAAGAAUAUGAUAAGAAGAGCCAGCUUAUGGCAGCGGAGAUUCUCUUGUCUAUAGAUGUUUCUAUGGUGGACCUCAACAGCAUUUUAGCAGCUCUGGAAUUUAUGGACCAUGAAUCUUCCAAGCUACUUGUCUCCAAACUAUACCACAAACUCAGACUGAAUCAUGAGUUAAUGAAGACUGUGAAGAUUCCUCUUAGAUAUCUAAAUGACUAUUGGAGACCAUCGCCACUUGGCAGCUCCACUGUGUUUUCUGGUCUUUUAUCUGCUACAAACGAAACAGUAUCCACCUAUGGUCUGGAUCUUUUGUUCACAAAGUCUGGAUUACUGAAACGGAGCAUAUCUGAUCUUACACUGUAUAAUGACAACCACCAUAUCAAAGCAAUGCAGGUAACUAUUGAAACUCGAGGCCUGGAAUCAUUAAUGGGAGAUGGAGACACAGAUGGUGAAGGAGAGGACGCAAUGAUUGGAAUGUCGGCUGUCUUGUUGGGCAUACAGUUGCGACCAGUUGUGUUUUUUAAUGGGUACAUGGAUUUAAUGGCUAAAGUAUUUUCAAGCACCGGAGAACCAAGCACUGUAGUCAGAGGGAACAUAUUGCUGGCGGAUUAUCUUCAGUGGUUACCAUUGCAGUCUGGGCUUCAGGCGACUGUCCAGUAUCAGGGUGCGCUUGGACUAGAUAUCUCAUCCAAAAUUGAUAUCAGCAUUUGGGAGCAGCAUUCAAAAACCAACAUCAAUACCAAAGCUGGCCUUGUCUUCGAUUUUAUAACAGAAAUUGAUACCAUCUUCUUCCGGGUAUUUAUGAAGGCCGAGGUUGAUGCAGAAACCUCUAUAAAUCUGGACUCAAUAAUGCAGUUUACAGGCUUACCAAUGCUGAUGUGCAUCGAGCUACAGCAGGAUAACAUGCCUUACAGAGAAACCUAUAUUCUUACAGAAACAUUUCCAGCGAGCAACACAAUAUAUACUGUAAGGAAGAGAAGAAAAUCUACUCUGUGGGGGCGAAAUUUUCCCUUUCAUAAAGCAAACUCUGAAAUGUGUAGGACAUUGAAGGAUGCCGAGGAGAUAAGCACUAUUCUCUGACAGCAGCAGGCAUCUAUUACGGCUCUAUUCUUAGGAACCAUACUAAUUACCGGAACGGCGGACUCAACCUGUCACACACCGGCACGAUGACUGUGUAAUUUCGGGCGGUCAAUAAAAUCAAUUUAGAAGGGAAAUCAGUUUGUGUCUGUGUUCUUCAUAAUAAAGAUACUCAUGGUGCGUACCA